UAAAUAAUCGCUUUUGAAAGCGGUUAUGCGGAUAACAAUUGCAGAGGGAAUAUACCCGUCCAGUUUGUAGAGGCCUACUACUCGCGGGCACGAAUUUGAUCCCAACGGUGAAAGCCACCGCGCUUAUCAAGAACCAGCAGGUCAUUUCACACACACAGCUUCACAAGCAGAGAACCAUGGCUCCACUCAAUUCAACCAAACCCGAAGAGGAUCAGGUUCUGAUUGAAGAGAAGUCGUAUGCGAGAAUAUUGACGUUGAAUAGGCCUAGGCAAUUGAAUGCCCUUUCAUUUCAAAUGAUUUCUCGGCUACUGGAACUUUUUGUUGCCUACGAGGAGGAUUCUAAUGUCAAGUUGGUAAUCGUCAAGGGAAAGGGAAGAGCAUUUUGUGCUGGUGGUGAUGUUGCAGCUGUUGUUCGUGAUAUUAUUGAAGGUGACUGGAGAUUAGGUGCACAUUUUUUUUGCAAGGAGUUCAUCUUAAAUUACAUUAUGGCCACAUAUCGUAAAACCCAGGUUUCAAUUCUUAAUGGAAUUGUCAUGGGAGGUGGGGCUGGCGCUUCGAUACAUGGUAGAUUCCGGGUUGCAACAGAGAACUCGGUCUUUGCAAUGCCGGAAACAGCUUUGGGACUCUUCCCAGAUGUAGGUGCCUCUUAUUACUUGUCAAGACUGCCUGGAUUCUUUGGAGAAUAUGUUGGUCUUACGGGCACUAGGUUGGAUGGUGCUGAAAUGCUUGCAUGUGGCCUUGCAACUCACUUUGUCCCCUCGGCGAGAUUGUCUUUGUUGGAAGAAGCACUGCACAAGCUAGAUUCAAGUGAUCCACCCAUCAUUUCUGCAAUUAUUGAUGAAUACUCACAGAAACCUUAUUUGAAAGAGCAAAGUGCAUAUCGCAGAUUGGAUGUCAUUGAUAGGUGCUUCUCUCGAAGAACAGUUGAAGAAAUUUUAUCUGCCCUUGAGAGAGAGGCCUUGAAUACAAAGGAUGAUUGGAUCUCUGCGACAAUUCAGUCACUGAAGGGGGCAUCUCCAAUGAGCCUCAAAAUUUCUCUGAGAUCAAUCAGACAAGGAAGGCUUCAAGGUGUUGGUCAAUGCCUUGUCCGUGAGUAUAGAAUGGUUUGUCAUGUCAUGCGAGGAGAAGUCAGCAAGGAUUUCUUUGAGGGCUGUAGAGCUUUACUCUUGGAUAAGGACAAGAAACCAAAGUGGGAGCCCUCUAAAUUGGAGCUUAUUAGUGAUGAUAUGGUGGACUCGUACUUCUCUAUGGUGGAUGACGAAGUGUGGGAAGAUUUAAAGCUUCCUGUAAGAUCCAAACUGCCUACAUAUGCCAUUGCGAAGCUUUAGUGUAUCAAGGGGCUAUAGAGGUAUACUGUUGGAAAAGGAUGGGAACCCAAAGUAGGAUUGUAGGAACCCUCUAGAUUGGAGUUUGUUACCAAUGAUAUGGUUGAGUCGUACUUGUCUAUGGUGGAUGCUGAAGAGUGGGAAGAUUUAAAGCUCCCUGCAAGAUCCAACUUGCCUUUGUCAGCCAUUGCAAAGCUUUGAUGUGUCAAGAUGAAUAAAAUCAUUACACUUUUGGAAUCCUAAUAAAAUGCAUGUCAGCAAAAUUCAUGUUAA